CUUUGAAGUUUUAUUUUAAUAUUUCAAGCCAAAAAAUGUCAAAAAAUCAACAGGAAAAUUUGGUUCUCUCUGAUAGAGAAAUUGAAGCAUGAUUUGAUUUGGGAGUAAACCCAGCAGAUUUACUCACACAGCCAUUAAGAGGGUCUGAACUUAAAAUACACCCUACGAGUUAUCAAUCUCCAUUAAGCUCAAGAAAUAUGCAGAAUUUGCAACAGUCUUGGAAAUUGAUGUCUCCACAGUGGACAUCAAGAGUGGCAAAAGAAUCUUUUGAGAGCCCGCUGAAUCAAAACACAAGGUCGGUUAAAAGUGUAAGGAGGGCUACUUUUAUCACAAAUGUGGAUCCACCACCUCCUAAUCCAAAUAAAACUAAAGCAAAGUGACUAAACUUCAUUCCUGGCAAGGGAGGGUGUCCUAUGAAAUACUUCAAUAGCUUAGAUGUUGCCAAAUCAAAAGAAUUUAAUGAGAAGUUCGAGAAAGACCAAGAGAAAAGAAUGAAAAUUCUCAAGAACUACUUCAAGAAUGAAAGACCAGAAAGGGUUAUUUCUAAGCAUUAUCAAAAGCCAAUCCUCCCUCAAAAGCUUGGGAGGUUAAAGUCCAAGUCUAAGAAGAGCAUUGAUCCUGACAUUAUCAGAACCCAGCUAGAGAUUCUCCAGGAAGACAAGGCUGAUAAGCUUAUGGAUACCAUCAGAGCGAAAACAAAAGCAUGAAAAUAAGCGUCUCAAAGAGAAAGAACUCCUCCGUGCCCAAAAGAUUAGGAGUCACUCUGAAAAAUACUUCAAGAGCAGACAGAAAGCUAUUAUGAUGAUCAAAGAUCAGGAAAGAGUUGAUGUAAAGUUAAUGGACAUUGAAACCAGGCUAUUUGAUGCUGUAAACCAACGUGAUAGAUACUUCCAAGACAAAGCUAUCAGAACUGCUCAAACUAGUAGAAAAUACGAAGCCCAAUGUCAAAAGAACAAGACAAAGGCCAUACUUGAAGACACUGAGAAAAGGAAGAAAACUUUGAUAGAUAAAGAACUAAAAAGUACGAAAUUCUUGAAAAAUCAACGAAAGAAACUAGCAUCUAUAAAGGCUGAAAUAAAGUCUCGUAAUAUAAAGAAUGAGGAGAAAGUUCAAGGUAACCUAAAGACUCAGGAGAUCCUCCACAGUGAUUUCCUUGAAUCGACCAUUCAGAAGCACAUAAACAAGGAGAAAUACCUGACAACUCUUUCAGCUAGGAGAGCUGUGUCUCCAGAUGCUAAGCUUGCUAGACAGAGAGAGAACUUCAACCAGGUUGAGAAGACAAGAAAAUCCUUUGCUAUCUUAACCCUACUGAGAAGAAAGAUGAAGAACAAAGCCAAUGAGGCUAAGAAAUCCAAUAACAUGAUGAUGUACAAAAGAGAUUUACAAAAAUCUCAGAUUUUAAGGGAAAACGGAAUCUAAAGAGCUAAAAGUACCUUUUUACUAGAAAGAAAAUGUUCGAUUAGAAGCAUGCACUAACCGAACUUCUUAAAGAACAGAGAAUGAGAGAUCUGGAAAAUAAAGUUC